AUGUUUGGAACUAUCAGUUGCUCUUCUGCAAGUGUACCCAGGGGCGCAAAGUCGAAGGUCAGCUCCAAGAACCCGGGCAAGUCUAAUUUCCACCAGAAGAAGGUCAGACUUGAUAAAUUUGUAGGGGCCACCUUCAGAUCCAGCACAGGAUGCUGGGGCUGUCGUAACCGCCGCAAGAAGUGUGACGAAACCCAUCCAGCAUGCAAUGCUUGCGUGAAACGGAACAUUCAAUGUAUAUGGAGAACGAAAGGUGAGAGGUUGAAUAGACCACAUAAGAUCAAUGACUAUCAUGUACCAAAAGAAGGCAAACCAUCGGAAAGUUUACUCAGUUGUGGUAGAUCGCCUCCAGCAUUUGAAAAUGAGCAGGAUCAUAUAGAAUCUGGAAGCUCGGGACGCUCAGGAAAUGAUAAUUCUGACCACUCAAACAUUGAUGGCUCAGGCCGCUACCAGGCUGGUUUGUCAAAUCCAAAGAUUGAAACCUCUCUUUCAGAUGCUAGAAAUUCACAUUCAGAUAGUCCAAUGAUCUAUGCUGAGGUCCAGGAUUCAAGCCAGCCAGAAAUCAUCUCUGAUGUCAUAGAGAUAUCCACCAAGACAACCUCUCUUGAUCUUUCUCCUACAAGAAGCUCUUGUCUUGUUCCUAGAGACAGAUCCAUGUCUCUUGCACCGCAAAAUUUCCACUUUGAGCCUUUCAGGUUUUAUCCUCCUCAACUUCUCCCAGAUUUCUGCGGAUUCUUAGACUCCAAAGGGGUAUCGUUUGUGAAUCACUUCGACCACAAGGUUUCUGGUGCUCUAACUGUGAGUCCCAGCGUCUCCAACUAUUUUUCCAAAACUUUCCUUCUGUUAGCUGGCAUAGAUGAAGCUGUGGGCCAUGCCAUAGCUUCGUGGGGUGCCUAUUAUGUGCAUAGGUCGCUUCAUCUGGAUGUGGAGCACCAUUUUGGCCAGGCAAUCGGGCUGAUCGCCAAAAGAUUUACUCGGGGUGUGGCAGUGACAAAAUACGACUACUUCGUUCUCAUAUGCUUCCAUUUGGUUCUUCUAGGGUUCUUUGUAUGUCAGGGAGAUGCUUCUCAAUGGUGGAUAUGUUUCAAGAAAUGCCACGAACUCAUCAAAAGGUUCGGAGGCUUAGAAGCACUUUGUGAGGAAUUCAAUUACCUGAACGAUAUCAAGUUUCUUGUAUCGAACUUUUUUUACCACGACAUCAUGGCCUCACACGCUUUUAUUCAUGGCCCGCUAAUUGAGGUGCAACAAUACGCUCGUGUGUUUGGAAAUGGCUUUUUUGAUUCCAGUUACGGCAUCGAUCCCUUACAAGGAUGUCUUAAUCCGGUUUACAUGUUGCUAGCAGAAGAGCUCGAGGUGCGUACGGUGAUGCGAUCUCGAAAAGAAAGGUUAGAUGCUAUCCUCAACGAUGAGCUUGGAACAGAAGAUGAUCCAAGUAUUCUUCAUGAAUUUGAUGUCAUGAGGACACAAUAUUUAGAAUUCUGUGCCGAGGUUCAGAUUCAAUUUGAGACUAAUAUCGCCAAUUGCCAAAUUGAUCACAGUUUGCUAUCCAAAACUGACCAGUUCGAGCUGGAUGUUCAUUUACAGACAUUUGAACUUUUCAAGCUCGUUUGCAAGCUUUACUGGGUGCUUUUCAUCAAAGAAACAUCUCCAACUUCCAACGAGCUGCAGCUCUUAUUGAUCAAGCUUAUGGAUGGAAUUGAAAAAUUGGUUGAUUCCCGCAUGAUUGUUGUUCUUUGCUUGCCAUUGCUAGUUGCUGGAGUUGCGAGUUAUACCAAACAUGAUCGUCGAAGAUUAGAGAAGAUUUUUGUGAGAAUAAUAGCCAAUUGCCCCAUUCAAAAUGUCAAGAAGGCGUGGGUGGUGGUCAAAGAAACAUGGAAGAGAAACUCUGGCGGGGAUAAAACGUUGGACUGGGCCGACGUGUGUGAAUACCUUGGGUGGGAAUUAUGUGUUUGCUAG